UUUAAUAAGGUGUCCGACAAUAGAUUUCAGCUCUUGCCACCUCUUAUACUUUGAUGGAUCAAUACUUCCACUCUUUCUCAGAACCACGAUAAAACCUCACAUCUUAUCUGUGAUUUUAAUUUGCUUUUUGUUAAAAUUGAUGUAGUUUCGCUAAUCAUGUGCAAAGUCAACUGAAAUUCCGUCAGCCAAAUGAGUCAUUGAUGUUUUCCUUGUCUGACGCCUGUUGCAUGUUUCUGCUUCUGCUUGGUUUUCUGCGGUUUCGCCGCCAUCAUAAUUUGUUCGGUGAUUGUUUUUUUGUGUGUGUUGAAACCAGAAACUAACAUCAUAACACAACUCAUCUCCAAAGAUAGCUAAUUCCAAAUUUGGGAAUAACGUGUGCCAUCCAUGCCCGGGGCAAAUUUCCAUCUAAAAUGCCAAAGAAGGGCAUCAAUUUUAACAUCGCAUUACGUUUCUUCGGUGUGGGAGGAUACCGUUACAAUAACUUGGUAGUGAGGGCAGACAUUUGUUUUUUAACUUUGUUUUAUCGAUCGAGUCGGUCGGUUAGUAGACAAAAGAGGUGUGACGGACAAAACGACGUUUUGUUACCUGCUAUGGAUGUAAUACGCUGUUUCUUUACCUGCUAUACGUCAACGUUUAAAACGCACCAUGUUUCAUUCGACUUCCUUACAAUUCUAGUGUAAAUCGGAGAAAAAAAAAUAAGAAAGAUGUAAAAAAUUUGUCUCCAAGCGGCUGGAUUUCUUCUCAAUCGCUUCUCGGUGGUUUUAUGCGACCAUCUUGAUAACGGUGUUAGUUACUGGAGGGUCGGAGCUCUGGUAUAGACUGGUAGUCUUGUCUUCACAAGUCACAGAGCAGACACCCAACAAAAUGUCAAGUGUCAUUAUGGUUUUAGAAGAAUCGAGAUAAUAAAUUAUGAAACUGGAGGUCUUCAACUUCACUGGCCCAAGAUGGCAGACGGUCAAACGAAGCUCGCACUCGCUUCUUGCCUUGCCUUUGCGGUUUUACGCCUUGUACACAAUGCUUCCAUACCCGGUGGGGUGACCAAGAUUGAGCGGGAAAAGUUGGCGAGUCACACAGAGCUUUUAGAAGGACUCAAACAGGCCGUGCGACUGGAAAACUCGCGAGAGCCCAAGCCGUCAUUCAAGUUUGUUUACUUGCCGUACACGCUCGACGCGUCGAGCCAAGUUGUUCAAGGAAUAAUGUACCGCGCGAACGUAAAGAUUGCGCCUUCAAAUUGUUUGAAUGCUUUGAACGAGACCAGGGAAGGAAUCGAAGCGUGUGGAGUGGACUUCCUAAAGCCUGAAGUAUUAAAGCAAGAGAAAUGUUGCGCGUUUGAAAUCUGGUCGCGGCCUUGGUUAGCGGGACAAGAACGCUUAGUGGUUCAAAAAGCGGAAUGUACACCGUCUUUUACAGCAGGACAAGCACAGUCUGGUCACUUCCGUGUGACGAUGAAGCUUAGUGUUUAUCCUGUGUGUAACUUAGUAAAGGGCUGAACAAAGAAACCAUAUCGCUUUCACUUCAGUCAUACUUCAGACGAUAUGUAAAAUAGACUCGAAGACAACAAAAGCCUCAAAACGACAAUUUAGUAACAUAGACAAGCGCCAAUGAAAUUAUUCUAAUCCGAAAAGGAACAAGGAAGUUUAACGUGAAAAAUUUAGGCUAAUGUUUCUGACAAGAUCCGCUUCUCUUCUGAAACGUGAUCGACAUGCAAUUUCUCCGGACAACAUUAAUAAGAUGUCGAAAAUAAAGAUAGUCAUCAGUUUGGGGAUACUCUUAAUGUAUCUCUGAAUUCUCAGAACCAUAGUAUUAAGUUGAUAUGGAGUUCAGUUGUGAGAAUUUAUAUUUCAAGCUUGCCAGCUUAUCGAUUUUGGUGCAGAAAUUUUCUCCAAACCGCUGAACGACCAAGUUUUCAAGGACGUAUGUCUUGGAAUAAAAUAUCUUUAUGAAACCCUAGGUUAGGCGGUGUUGCAGAAGACCUGUUGCAGCAUUCGGUCAACGGAUUAAAUGCUGUACAAUACGAAUCAUUUUGAAGUUGGUUUUAAGCUGCAAGUAUCAGAAAAAAUUGUAACUUUGCUUCAGACGCCGUCGUAUCUACAGUUCUACGCUUCAGUAAGUUUCCCCAAUAUGUAUUAAUGCAAAAUCGUCCGUACAGUUUUAAAAUGUUUAUUUUUACGAAUACAUCAUUAUCGACAUAACGAAAAGGGUGAGUUUUAAGACAUUGAAAUCAGGCGUUAGUGGUGGAAGUGUAUUCCUCAUUGAAAGAUCUUCUCUUCUUUGG